UAAGCAUUCAACUUUAAGUCAAACAAAAAGUAUCUCAAAUUAUUUCUUUCUAUAAUUUCCUAGCAUUUCAGUCAUGUACCUUAUUCGUCCAUUUUUUCUGCUGAUUUUUCCCCAAACCCUUUUAGCUCUUAUUCCUCAAGGAGUAACACUUAAAGAACCAAAAUGCUGGUAUGUCGCAAGUCCUGGACCCUGUAAUGACUGGGUCAAAGUCUGGGGCUAUGAUUACCUGACCAAUCGCUGUAUCUUCUUCUAUUAUGGCGGCUGUGGUGGUAAUCCGAAUCGGUUCUACACAAAAGAAGAGUGUUUGAACACUUGUCUGGUACGCAGACCUCCAAACCGGAAGAAACGAGAGUAUCCUGAGGAUGAAGAGGAGGAAGAGGAGUUUGAGGAGGAUAUAGACAAUUGGGACAAAUGGGACGACUCCCAUUGGGAGUUUUGACCAAGCCCAUAAGAAGGGUAUUCAAAAGCCGUCAGGCCCAACAACCGAUUGCCGGCUGACGUUAACUUUUGAUUCGUUGUGCAAACGCAUAAUUUCAGUUUGAAAGAAAGAACUUCCCGUCGA